UUAGAAACAAACAACACAAACUGAAAAAUCAAUUAGACAAAGAUGAGUAUUAGUAAGAUUCAUGUAGUUAUGUUUCCUUACCUUGGAUUUGGUCACAUUGGUCCAUUUGUUCAUCUAUCCAACAAACUAUUCUCUCAUGGAAUUCAAAUCUCAUUCUUGUCACCUUCCUAUAACAUUCCCAGAAUCAAAUCAACCUUCAAUCUCAAUCCUUCCAUCCAAAUCAUUCCCCUUAACUUCCCUAAUAACAUACCCGGUAACACUUUCGAAUUACACCCUGACAUGUUUGGUGCACUCUUUCAAGCAAUAGACUUAAUGCAAGAUCAAGUCAAAACCAUUUUGUUGAAACUUAAACCCCAUUUUGUUUUCUUUGAUUUUGCACAUAAUUGGAUACCAAAAAUAGCUUCUGAACUUGGCAUCAAAUCUGUUCACUUCUCUGUGUAUUCUGCGAUUUCGGGUUCUUAUUUAUCUCUACAUUCAAGACUUUCUGUUGCUGAGGUUGAAAAAAGAGAUAUCACUUAUGAGGACCUUAAGAGUUCUCCAUUUGAGUAUCCUCAAGAAUCCAAAACUUCUCUUCAAACCUUCCAAGCAAGAAUAAUCUUCAUGAUGCUCUUCCAAAGAUUCGGUGACAGCCCAACUGGUUCUGAUAGAAUCAUGCAGGUACUUAGUGAAUGCUCACUGAUAGUGUUGAAAACAUGCAAGGAAAUAGAAGGUCCUUAUAUAGAUUAUUUACAAAACCAACUUAAAAAACCAAUUCUUUGUUCUGGAGUACUUGUUCCAGACCCAUCAAUGGAUGUGCUUGACGAAAAAUGGACAAGAUGGUUAGAUAAUUUUCCAACAAAGUCAGUCAUAUUAUGUUCCUUUGGCAGUGAAACAUUUCUAAGUGAUGAUCAAAUCAAUGAACUAGCAAUUGGGUUGGAACUUACAAAUUCACCUUUCAUUUUGGUUUUAAAUUUUCCAUCAAAUUUGAAUGUUGAGGUUGAGAUGGAAAGAGCAUUACCAAAAGGUUUCAUAGAGAGAGUGAAGAAUAGAGGAGUUGUGCAUAGUGGUUGGUUGCAGCAGCAACUUGUUUUGAAUCACUCAAGUGUAGGGUGUUAUGUGUGUCAUGCUGGUUUUAGUUAUGUGAUUGAAGCUAUAGUUAAUGAUUGUCAGUUGGUGUUGUUACCUUAUGCUUAUGUUGAUUUUUAAUCAUUUAACAUUUUGUCUCGUACAACAGCGUAGGUCUUAUUACAAUCCGAUAAAGUUUUCCCUUCAACUUGAGUGAUAUCUUUGUGUCACAUGAAAUCCUCUUUCAUAUAAGUCUCACCGCUUGAAUUCAAUGGUUUACAUCUCCUUAUAUUACUCCAUUGUUUUGUAUUACGGACUCAAUAUAUUUAAAUCGUGUGACAUGCGAGAUGAUAUGGUCUCCAACUUUCACCUCUAGAUUAGAAACAAUUAUCCUUUUGUUGAACUUACACUCCAUAUAC